CAGUGCCUUAUCCACUGUGAAGCACACACGUACGUCUGUGUUUUUUAGUACAAACAACGCUAGGUCCUGGUUGCAGCAAUGGCCUACAUGGCAAUGGUCUCUCUGUUCCUGCUGCUUCUCUGCGCCCAUGGCGGAGCUCCUGUUCUUGGCUUCACGCGGAGCGACUUCCCGCCGGACUUUGUCUUCGGAGCCGCCACAUCCGCCUACCAGUACGAGGGCGCUGUAGCUGAGGACGGCAGGAGCCCAAGCAUCUGGGACACCUUCACUCAUGCAGGGAAAAUGGCGGACAAAAGCACAGGUGAUGUCGCUGCCGACGGGUACCACAAGUACAAGGAUGAUGUGAAGCUCAUGGCUGACACAAACCUAGAGGCUUAUAGAUUCUCCAUCUCAUGGUCAAGGCUUAUUCCAAAUGGGAGGGGAGCUGUCAAUCCAAGAGGGCUGGAGUACUACAACAGCCUUAUAGAUGCUCUAGUGCAACAUGGUAUUCAAGUCCAUAUUAUGCUUUACCACCUUGAUUACCCUCAAAUCCUGGAAGAUGAGUAUGGAGGAUGGUUAAGCCACAGAAUUGUGGAGGAUUUCACAGCAUUCGCAGAUAUUUGCUUCAGGGAGUUUGGAGACAGGGUUUCAUACUGGACUACGAUAGACGAACCUAAUGUCGGUGCGAUCGGAUCUUACGACAGCGGCAUAAUCGCACCCGGACAUUGCUCCGAUCCUUUUGGAAUAAUGAAAUGUACCAUUGGUGACUCAACUGUGGAACCAUAUAUAGCAGCUCAUAACAUGCUACUGGCGCAUGCAUCAGCUACUCGACUUUAUAGAGAAAAAUAUCAAGCCAUUCAAAAGGGGGUUGUUGGCCUAAAUAUUUACUCUCUUUGGGCUUAUCCUCUUAGCAACGCUACUUUGGAUAUAGAAGCAACUAAAAGACUUGUAGACUUCACAUUUGGCUGGGUACUAGAGCCCUUGAUAUCUGGAGAUUAUCCAGAAACAAUGAAGAAGAUUGUUGGUUCUCGUCUUCCAACGUUCACAAGAACUCAGUCUGCAGCUGUAAUUGGUAGUGCUGAUUUCAUCGGAAUAAAUCACUACUUUUCUGUCUAUGUGAAUGAUCGCCCUUUAGACAAAGGUGUGCGCGACUAUGCAGCUGACUUGUCAGUUAGCUACAAAACAUCUAAAAAUGACCCGCCAGGCGGUAAGUUUCCCCCAACGUCUUAUCCCACUGACCCCAGCGGAUUGCAACUUGUGCUAUUGUAUCUAAAAGAAGCCUGCGGUGACAUUCCCAUUUAUAUCCAAGAGAAUGGCAAUGCAUCUAGCAAUGACACUCUGGACGACACCGACAGGCUCGAGUACAUGAAGAGCUACAUAGAGGGAACAUUGGCUGCAUUAAGGAAUGGAGCCAAUGUGAAAGGCUACUUCACCUGGGCCUUCUUGGACGUCUUCGAGUUCCUGGCAGGGUACCAGACACGUUACGGCCUGUACCGUGUUGACUUUGACGAAAAGGCACUACCACGCCAGGCUAGGCUCUCCGCUCGCUGGUACUCUGCCUUCUUGAAGAACAAGGGUAUCCAUGUUCAGAGUGACCUCAACAAUCCAGGAUCGGAUGCUGAAAAAUGAGUUAGCUCACUCGGUACAAAGUUUAUAACUUGGGGUCAACGUACAUAUAUACGGUUAUUACAUACGGAUAAAAAAAAUUACAUACGGAUAGAUAUACGAUCCGUGUAGUUCUCUCUUGUUUCUUUCUUGGGAGAGCCAAUAAAUAAGAGAGCAGUACAUGCAUCAUGAU